AUGACCGAACCAGAGGUGGCCCCAUACGGAGGGUUCAUUGUGAAAACUUUGGAAGAUGAGAAAGCAAACGAGGCACAACUUGAAGAGUUAGCCAUAGAAGUUGAAUAUAAUGGAACCACUCAAAAACUAAGACCCGAGGCAUUGAGAUUAAAUGGAGUUGAUAAUUUAUCAACUGAGGAGAUCAAGUCAUAUGUUGAUUACUAUCUCAACUACACCACAUCACGUAACGAGGAGCUUGAUAAAAUAGAAUACAACCAGAUUCCAUUUGAUGAACAAAUCACAUUUCGUGUAGAGUGGAUCGAUGAUUCCAACGUCAACGUAGUUUUCAAAACAAACCAAGACAAUUUAAGAGCUUUGAGACAAUUGAGUAGGGAUCCUAUAGAGAUUGAUGAUAAUGAUUCAACGUUCAUUAACGAAGUUAUACAAGAGCGUAGGGCGAAGGACUACAAUCCGAUAAUAUCAUUCCGCAGCAGUCAGAGCUUGUCUAAUCGUUUGGGAUUGAAGGAGAAAGCUAAGGACAAUGAACAGGAGGGUAUGAUAGAGGAUGAAUCAUCCAUUGAAUUGCGUAUUAGACAAUCGUUUCAACUGGACCGAAAAGUAAAGAACGCAUCACAGUAUUCGCGUUAUUACUUGAUCCAUGGAGAACCUGAAAGACCACGUAGAUCACGACCAAUUCACAGGCACAGAAGGAGAGAGCCAGAAAUUCUUGCCAAAAAAGAAGAAGAGCAGGAGGAUUUAUUUGCUGACAAACUCAAACAAGGAAGAUCUAGUUCUCGUGAACAGGCGAUUGAUGAGGAGGAGGAGGAUUUGUUUGCUGACAAGUUGAAGCGUAGUAGAUCACGGUCUCCAACUCGGUCCGGAACUAGCCGCUACAGUCAAAGGUAA